ACUUCCAAACCGACCAAACAGUUAAUGUUUUGAAUUAUUUGAGUAUUUGCUAACAUAUUUUAUUUAUUCGUUUGUUUUUUGUUAUUUGAAUUUGAUUACCUACCACUUGAAGAACUGAACUAUGAUGCAGAAAUCUAUGAAUGCAAUGAUUACCCCGCUACUCUUCACCAUAUUGUUGAUAACUCCCGUCACCCUCUCUUUGAAGAUCAGAUCCGCCGAGGCUGACCUCGAAUCCAAACUUGAAGCUACUUUCGAUGCCCUAGUCGAACUGAACGACAUCACCCUGUCUCCCGAAGAAAAAGAAUACAGGCUCUCCAUCUUCUCCAUAAACUGCCUUGCCCAAUCCUCCGGUGUUGUUAAAAAGAUAAGGAAGCGCAGAGAAGAAGAGCUAUGUCCUGAUAUCAGUAUAGAUAGUAUCUACACCUCUGAAGAUCUAAGUGUGAUGAAUGGUGCUAUCAUGGAACCUGUCACUCCUCCUCAAGUUCAUCCCGAAACUAGCCGUAUUAAACGAAAUGCUGAGGAGAUACCGACUUCAUACGAUGUCCGAGACGAGCUUGAGGUCUCCAAACCUACUCACCAGAAGACUUGUGGAAACUGCUAUAUUCAUACCUUGGUAUCCUCUCUGGAGAUUGCUUACACCAAGAAAACCGGACAGUUUGUCCCCUUCUCCCGUCAGGAGCUUACAGACUGUUUCUACAGUGGCUGUAAUGGUGGAGAUUACCGAGUGCUUGCCAACAUGAUGUCAGUUCUGGAUCACUUAGCUACACCUGCAGAGUACGGUCCUUAUCUCUCUCAGUACACCAAGAAGAAGUUUGCUUGUAAAGCUGGUCUCACCCCAGACUCUCUCCUCGACAUCAAGGUUAGGGGAUACACCCACGUGACCGCUGACACACUGGACGAGAACGUCUACAAGCACGGUUCUGUGAUGACUUGUUUAGACUGGAUUGGAGACGAGACCAACAACUGUGGUUCAGUUAAUGAUGUAGGAAAGGAGGUGUUUGAUGGUGAUACUGUGCCUUAUGGUUGUAACCAUGCUGUACUUAUUGUUGGAUACACUCCCGAUUACUACAUAGUGAAGAACAGUCACGGUGUAUCAUGGGGAGACGAAGGAUACUUCAAGAUCAAGAGAGGACAAAAUGCCUGUGGUAUUGAAGACAACAUGGCUGUGCUGAUAACAGAGCCCAGAGAGUCCCCCAAAGUACUGGCUGCCAACAACUGCCCUGUUGAUAAACCUACAUACUGUGCUGAAUCACAAUCCUGCACCAGCAGUCCUACUUGCUUGGGAAUUGACAUGCACUCUAACCUUAUCAGGAACAAGCUAGCCAAAAGGUCUGCCGACCCCGGAGUGAAGAUUUACAAAUCCUCAUCUUACCGUGGUCAGGUCCAGAGAGGAGGUAUCCAUGACGUCAUCAGAAAGAAAAUUGAAGAGAGGAGGAAGUUGAUGGAAGCCAGGAGGACCUCUAACAAAGGAGGAUCUAACAAUGGUGCUAGAGAUGCCAGCUUCUCCCAAACUACAUUCCACAGAGGCAAUCUAGCUGUCAGAUACCAGCAGUCCAACACUGCAAGGGACCUCAAAUCAUUCCAGUUCCUGUCCCACAACCAGAAGUGUAGGGACCAGGCUGGAGAAUGGAAGUGUGCCUUGUUGAAAAGGAGGGGUAUGUGUACCACUCACUUGGCUACUAAAGAGGUGGAAUGUAGGAAGACUUGUGAACUAUGCUGGGAAAAAGAACAAAAAACUGAAGAGUGUACAGAUGUAUCAGAGAGCUGUGCCCAACUGUCCCUCCCUCUGUGUGAUAUCCUGUACAGAGUACGACGUAACUGCCCCUCAAGAUGCAACACAUGUCAUCUCGUUAACCCUGAAAAGUUUGAAUCUGCAGUAAACUGGAUGCCAAGACAGCCCGCUGGGCCCUGCAACACCCCCUACAUUCCUAAUGGGCAGGCUGUGGUGCCAGGGAACAGAAGAUACUUGCAGCACGGGGAGACACUGCAAGUCCAAUGUGACGAAGGGUUUACUCUGACAGGUGAAGAAGUGCAGUGUGUUGUACAGGAUGUUUACUAUCCUGAUUCUAGAGUUUUACCGGAAUGUGUAAAGAUAGAAGACACAGUUCUAGAAGGUACCGGAGCUAACUACGCGGGGUCCCGGAACGUGUCCGCAGCUGGUAAACCCUGUCUCAGUUGGAACAGGGAGAUAUACCGGGGAUCAGUGUUCGUUAACCGAGCUAAUCUGGGGGAGCUGGAGAACGGGAACCAUCACUUCUGUAGGAAUACCGGAGGAAGUAAAUCAGUGCCGUACUGUUUGGUUGAUACAGAUGAUCAUGAUGGUAUCAACUCAAAGGGGGAUGAGCUCACAAAUCCAGAUGAUACUAUAGAGCCAAGAACAGAAAUACAGUUCUGUUUCUCCGCUCCCGGAUGUGACCGGUGUUCAGGAGACGUUGAAGAUUACCUGGGUACAGAAUACUGCUCUCAACUUGCUGGAGCCGGUAUGUGCGAGUAUAGCUCAGCAAACAGUGAAGAUCAGCAGAGUCAUAUGUGGAGUAAGUGUGCUAAGAGUUGCUGUGAGGCUUCUCUGUGUAGCAGUGACACUAAGGCUUAGUUCAGUAGUUUAUACUUAUUUAAAGACGCUAGAUUUCAGUAUUAUUUAUUGUGUUGUUUAUUUAUUUAUUUUGUUGCUGUUGUUGUUGUCGUGUUUGAUGCGAUGUAUCAUGUUUGAGUCAAAUUGACGGUUACAUUUUGUUUCAAGGAGGAUUUUCUUGUAUCCUUGUGUAAAUUUAGAACUUUUGAAUUUUAUUCCAUGACUGUGAUCAUUUUCCUGAUGAUAUAUAUUCAUGAUCAUAUUAUUGACAUGAUUGCAUAAUCAACAUGAUUAACAUAAAUAAUGUUAUCUUAUCUGAUUGUUAAUUAUUUUAUCUAGUGAUUGUUACACAGUAGCUUCUAAUUUACAGAAGAACUGAUAUGGAUUGAAUAAUUAACUUAAAUUAUGAUUAGUUUCCACUAAACUAAAUGGGACGAAAUUUCAUGCAUGCCCAUCACUAUUGUGAUUUUCAAUGAUUGAUUUAUUUGAAAAUACUUGAAAAUA